UCGUGUGACAUUGUGUGACUGUCGCGAGCAACGCGCGACGGGUCACAGCUGGCCGCGACACUUUGUUGCGGCGACCCCGCUCGUCGCCGAUACGACGCGUCAAACUCCUCCAAAGGUGAAACUUUAACGUGAUCGAGAGAAAGGGGAUCGUCUCGGUGGUUGUUUCGGUUGGGGAAGAAUCGGUCGAGCAACGGGAUCCGACGAGACACUCGUUCGGAUCACCGGUGGUUCAGCGGCCGGCGAAACGAUCGAGGCCCAGCACCUGUGCACGCGGACAAUCCCCAACUACGUGUGUCUACGUUUUCCCUCUGUCCUCGAAGUGUCAACAUAUAUACAUACAUACGUACACCUUUUGGCUCGACUCGAUUCGCUCUGUGUGCCGUUUACACGUCGAGGUGUGCUCGCCUCGUAUAUGUGCCCGUUGACGUGUGUCGUCGUAUCGUCUGGGACUCGCGAACGCGCGGUGCUGAACACCAGCAGAGGAACACGAUGAGGACGAACAUUAGUUGACGAAGAGGUGCGUCCCGGCCGACUGUCAGUUCCGUCGUCGUCGCGGCCAGGUGCACCAGACGAUCGGACGGCAGGUAAACAGGAGGAUCGUGAUAAACCGGAAUCCUGUCGAGAUAAACGAUCCGAAUUAGAUAGAAGGGGGGGAAAAAAAAAAAAAUAAGUGCAUCGAGGGGGGUUCGCAGGCGAGGGUCGAUCGACCUCGAGAUUUGAGAAAAGGAAAGAAAGAAAGAAGGAAAGAAGGGAAGAAAGAAAGAAAGAAGAAAGAAAACUCGAGAAAAAUCGGAAGUAAGUGGAAAAGUUGUUCGAGGUGAAACGAAACAGGUGAAACGUCGGAUGGACUCGUUUAAACGAACCGACACCGCGGGGCGGAGGUGAGGGGGAGGAGGACAGAAGGCGUUGACGAUCGUCGAAUUAACCGUGCUCGAAGGAGGAAAUUCCUUCAAGCGUGGUCCUCGCCUCCCCCUUUUCGACCACCCCCCUUGGAAAACGUGCCAAAAACGUUCGAAGGAAUAUACGCGAGAGAGGAGGAUUCGUCGUGACGAAUACAAAUACAGGGCAUUUCGACCACGGAACGAAACCUUCCGUCCUGGACGUUCGAAGAAGGGAAUACGUUGAUCGGAGGCGAGGAUAAAUCGUGCGACCCGCCACGAAGAAGAUCGACGAACGUCACCAUGAGGAUCAAAAUGCCCGCGGUCAGGAUCGCGCAAGCGGAAACCUCGCAAGGCACCACAUCCCCAGACACCGUCCAAUGCGGGGCGUGCAGGGUGUCCUACCCCCUUGGCGAGAUCGUUCGGUUCAUCGAGCACAAGGUGAACCACUGUCGGAUCACUCUUCAGGGUUGCCACAGUCCACCGGCAACCGCGGCUCCGGAAGACUCCGAUCCGGAGGACGCGCUCGCCCUGAAGACCGUCGACCAAGACUCGAAGCUGAACUCGGUGCCCAGCAUCUCGGCGCCCAUUAACAAGAGGGGUGGUGGCAGAUUGGAGAGCCCUCCGACGCCUCAGGGCUCCGGUCCGGAUGCUGGAAGCCCGAUCGAGCUGAAGGCAAGCGCGAGCUCGACGCCUAAGAGGCGGACGGAAGCCUCGAACGAAGACAAGGAGGAUCUGCCGAAGAAACAGAAGACGGAGUCUGUCGACGCGGACACCAACACGGUCAAUUCUGAACCCCGAUGGCUCCAAUGCUCGCAAUGCUCCAGGAGGCUGUCCUCCGCCUGGGAGUUGCUGCAGCACGCGCAGAGCGUGCACGGUGCCAGACUCUACACCUCCCCGUCAUCGUCGACGAACUCGUCGUCGAAUACACCAGCGCCGAGUCCGCCGACGCCUACACCGACGCACACCCACCACCUAAGCCCGCCGAAUCACCUGAACCUUAGCGCCAAGUCCACCGGGAGCUCGUCCGCGGGCAACUCGUCGGGCGGAACGAACUCGAGCGGCAGCAGCGGGCGACAACAACUGCAAUCGUCCGCGUCUCUGGUCGGCGAUCCCCUUCACAGUUUUCUAAGGCUACCUCAACACCUGGAACGAAGCUUUCCACCCAUGUUCAGGCCCGACUUUCUGGCCCUGAAUCCGCUGGCGGGGUACAGGGGCCUCCAGGAGCUGCAGACGGCGACCCGGAACCUUCAAAACCUAGGCGAUCCGCUCAGAGGUAUGGAUGGUCUAAACCUUGGAGACCCGUUGGUCCGCAGCUCGUUGGAUUCCCUGAACAACGCUCGAAACUUGGCAAACUUGGCCGAAUUGUCGCACGGCCGUGGCCUCGCCGGCCAAGCGCAUCCACCCCCACUAGAGACCAAUCUGGAUUUUUACUCGGCGCGCCUAAGGAGCCUCGCUAAUCCGUCCUUAGGCGCGGCUCCACCCAGUAGCGGAAACUCGACGACAAAUCCCAACCCACCCGCCCCCGUACCACCCGUACCGGUACCGAGCACCACCGUCCAGCAACAGCAACAACAGCAACAGCAGCAGCAGCAGCAGCAGCAACAGCAACCACCUACGCAAAAUCACAAUCAAUCCGUGGAACCACCGAGCCCUGCAUCCAACAACCAGACAAUUCUACCGCUCAAUAAUCAUCAAAAAGAAAAUUCGCCACCCUGUUACAAUCAAAGCCCGGUCGGCCAUCAUAAUAACAACAACUCGACCGACAGCGAGAAAACCAGCCCACCCGUCGCCCUCACGCCUAUCAUCGCCGACUCCGCGUCGGAGACGAUCUACCUGUGCGAGGUGUGCGACAAGAAGUUUCGUUUCCAGUCGAAUCUCAUCGUGCAUCGAAGAAGUCAUCGGGACAAGGAGAGGCAGUAUCAGCAAGAUAGCACGCAGGAUGGACAGACGACGCCGACCAGGUGCGAGGUGUGCGAGAUGGAGGUUCCAAGCUUCGCGGAAUUGAGGAAGCACAUGAGGAAGGAGCAUCAAGAGAACCUGAAUCCGCCCAGCCCCCAGGGUAGCGUCGAGACAGCGCCGGACGACGGUUCCAGUUGUGACGAGAACAUGGAUCUCGACGAGGCUGUGAAAAACGAGCCCAAGACCGAGAGGGAGGACACCGAGGAGAACAUACCGGAAGAUUUGAGCACGACCCAGGGGCAAAGCGGCGAGGAGAGCGGCGGAAGAGUGGAGCAGAAACCCGUCAGCCUGGUCGGCGAUCUGAUGGAAAAGUUCGGAUUGAGCAACAUAGCUCAGUACUCGGAGGCUUACAGACAAGCGUUGCAAGAGAAUCACCGGGGCGUUUUCAUCAAGACGGAGCCACCGUCCAAUCUCACCAACUCUCUCAACAACAACAAGGAGAAAGACAGCGCGUUGUCGCCCACGAAUUUCAAUUCCUCGACCACGCCUAACAUAUUCUCCGGUCAGGGUUUUCCCAGAUCCUCGGGGCCGGACUUCGGCGGCCUAUGGUUACCCAGCCCCCAUUACCUCGAGAACAAUGAGUUUCGCAAAGUGACCAAGGCCACCACGUCCAAUCUAGCGCUCCAAGGUUUGCCCAGCCCUCUGCUCAAGAAGGAACGAACGGGGAGAAACGACACGUGCGAGUUCUGCGGCAAGGUAUUCAAGAAUUGCUCGAAUCUGACGGUGCACAGGCGGUCCCAUACAGGUGAGAAACCUUACAAGUGCGAGCUGUGUUCGUACGCUUGCGCGCAGAGCUCGAAGCUGACCAGGCACAUGAAGACCCACGGUCGACACGGUAAGGACACGUACAAGUGUCGUUUCUGCGAGAUGCCUUUCUCGGUGCCUAGCACAUUGGAGAAGCAUAUGAGAAAAUGCGUGGUGGUUGUGCAGCAGUGUCCCAAAUUGGGGAUGCCGUAUCCCGCCAGCCAGGACGAGGACUCCUCGCUGAGUACCAAGGACCCUUGAUCUUGGAACGGAAGCCUACCGCCGAUCCCGCCACUGUGGCCGCACAGGCCACCUUACCCGGUGUACUGAACAGGGGAUCUUCUUCCUCGAGAGUGAAACAGAUCUCCGCAUCCUCGCGUCGCGUGAAACACGAUUGACACGCGUGACCAUUAUGGUCGACACUCCGGAGAAUCUCCUUUGGUGAUAUAUGUCCAAAGUCGCCUCUCGGGAUUAGGAGAGGCGGUAGGUCGGUGAAUCGAAGCAGCAACCAUUAGAUGGACCUGGAAAAGGUCAAUGAUAAUAUAAGUAUAAAAUAUGUAUAAAAUAUGUGGAACAACGAGGAAAUGGCUCUCGAAGGCCGAACUGAUGGAAAGGCCACGACUGAACGUUUUCUCCCAACACGAGAAAAAGGAUUCAACGAACGUGGAGGAAAUUGGAGAAAAGGCGAUUUGAAAUUGGAAAGCAAACGAAUGGUUACCACUUUUGCGAGUCUCAGCACAGCUAUUCAAAGUAUAUCCUUAUAAAUAGUUAUAAAUAAAGACGCUAUAAAUAUGAAUAUAUAUAUAUAUAUAUAAAGAGUAUAAAUAUAUAAAUAUAUAAAUAUAUAUAUAUAAAUAUAAAUAUAAAUUGCGAGAGAGAUAAAAAAAGAGGAGAAUUAUACAGAAUAUAAAUAUUAUACAUAGGAUAAUCUGGAAAUAGUAACUUUAUUAUCGCAUUUGAAGAUUAUUUAUUUAAUAUAACGAUAUAUAUAUAUAUAUAUAUAAUAUAUAAUAUAUAAUAUAUAUAUAUAUAUAUUAACACAUACUGUAUAACGUAAUAUAUGUAUAUAUGUGUGAUGGAGAUUGUGCGCGUGUAUAUGUAUGUACAUUACGUUAUAUGAUAUGAAAGAAUUUGCAACCACUCUGUAUGUAUGUACGAUGUUUAGGGGGGAAAAAUCGAGGAGAUGAGGGCAUCGAGAAGUGAUCGAGAAGGGGAAAUCUUUUUUGUACAUUGCACGACGUCGCGCCCAUUGAUAUUUCAUGUUGACGUCUCUUUUUGUUUUGUAAAAAAUAAGAAAAAAAAAAAAAGAAAAUGGAAGGGAAACGUGAAAAAGAAAAUUUCGAGCUAUUCUUUUCCUCGAGAAGAAGAAUCCUUUAUAGGCGAUUUCAACGAUAUCCUCCGUGUACAUAUAAAACGAGAAACAUCGAUAUUCGAAAACCUUAAAGAAAACCCCCCAAUCCUUGAAAAACCCCAACGUUUAUCGAUGAUUAGGAUUCCUAAUUAAGGAGAAACGCGAGAGUACUUGAGAUACGAUUUAAUUGUGUACAGCGUGAUCCGAAUGUGUGCGCUGAGUUUUUUUUUUUUUUUUUAUAGAUUUUAAGAUCUAUCCUAUGUAAAAUGUAUCAUAGUAUAUUUGCCUAUUAUUAUUAUUAUUAUUAUUGCUAUUUUUAUUAUUGUCUAUUAUUAAUAUUAUUAUUGUCAUUAUUAUUGUCUAUUAUUAUUAUUAUUAUUAUUAUUAUUAUUAUUAUUAUUAUUAUUAUUAUUAUCAUUAUUAUCAUUAUUAUUAUUAUUAUUGCUAUUAUUAUUAUUAUUCAUUGCCACUAUUAUUAACGCGGUUACAGCUACUGUAAGCGCUGUCUUCAUUAUUUUAUUCCCGCUAUUAUUAAAUUAUUAUCGAGAAAAGAUGUUUUACGUGGUUAAGAAAAUGCCAAAGUUGUUUAGGUUUAUCGGCGCUAUAUUAUUAUGAUCGAGAUGUCCGUCGAGUGAUUUUAUCCUCGAUGCUGUUAUUGUUUUCAUGAUGGCGCUAUGUUAAACGGAUUAAAUUAAGCGCCGAUUAUUAUUAACGUUCGACAGCUGAUCACAAAAAUUUAUUUAUUCCAAAGUGUUAUUAUCUUUGGUCAUCGAAUUAAUUCGCAGAAUUAUUUAGAUUCUAAUAAUGUAUAGUAUUUAUAUUUAUUUUUUAUAAAACUUUGAUAAAAGAAAAUUUGAUAUAAUAAAAGAUUUAUUAUAUCUUUAUCAUAUAAAAUAUCAAAUGUAUCAAUAUCUAUUGAUACAUGCCUCAAUUUUUUAAAUAAAUAUCUUACAAGAUACAAAUAUGCUAUCCAUGAAUUAUUUCUUUUUUUUUUUAAGAUGAAUAAUAAUUAAAUUUUUCAAAAAUACAAUUCUA